AUGUGUAGGAAGAUCCCAACAGCAUGCUCUGCAAAUCCACAGGACCAGUCUCAAGAACACGCCAUCUGGCUUAUUGCAAAGAAACCACAUUCGCUCCCAGCUCGCGAAGACUCGGGUUUGAUCCAAGCCCUACACCUCUUGCCUCGUGACGUCCGCGGUCUCGGAGCGCCGUUCACCGCCCUUUCCUGGUGCGACCCACGCUCGCCGCGUCGCGCCCGCGGCCGUGUCUCGGUGCGGAGCCUGAUCGCGGUGAUACAGACGCCACUCUCCGGGCGACACUCACGCCUGCUCGGGGCAGCGGGCGGGCGAGCCCCGGUCCCGGGAGACCACACACUGAACGCUCGCCGCGGGGCCCAGCGGGGCGGCCCGAAGCCCCCAGUCCUCGGCCCCCGCGCAAGCGACGCCGGGAAAUGCCCACAUCCGGGAAACCCGCGGCGGACGGCGGCGGCGGCGGCGGCGACACGGAGUGGAAGGCAAAAUGGCGGCGGCAGCGAUGGCCUGGUGCUGAGGGGAGAGCCAGGUCCUCGCGACCCCGCGUCGGGCCGCGCUGGCCGGCCGCAGCCCCCCGACGUGUGUCCCCGCCCUGCCCCACCCCGAACCCGGAGCGACACUAGGGGCCCUGGGGGACGGGCUCCGGGCCGCCGCGGCGCCGGCCCUCGGGCCCGCAGCCGCUGUCCAGAAGCCUCGCCGUCCCCUGCAGGUUAGUUACUUGCACUGUAAAGGAUUUUAACAUUCCUGGGGAUUCCCCCUUUCACCUUGGCUCAGAAGGAAGCUUUGAGCCUUUGGAUUAGCUCCUGA